UCUCUUUAUUUUGUUCUCUUUCGCCUGCUUUUCUGUGAUAUCAACUUCUCCCCCCUUGCUGGCGUAAUAAAAGUGUUAUUAAAAGUGCUAAAAGGAGGCCUCUGUAUGUAAUGUAAUUACCGGCUCCACCCAAGUUGCCCCUUUUUGCCGGUAAACUUGUGUAACCUCGAUACCGCUAAACUCUAUCUUCGUUGCCUGGCAAACAGCUCACGUGACUUUUCCUUUUGUCUUUCUUUUUUUUUCUUUUUUUUCGGUUUUCAAACAUCAACAAAAGGACGAAAAAGCCAGCAAAGACAGCAAAGACGGCGAGAAAAAGACAGUCGACGCCUGCUAGACGAUUAUAGUCAACAGAGAGAGACUCGCCAGUGCUCGUCGGAGCUGCUGAUGCCCGCUUAGCGCCCUCUGUGUGUCUGUCUGCCCGCCGCCGCUCGUUAUCCGCCUCGACGACCCCCUAUCACCACGACUACCAUCGAUAUUAUACACCAGCAGCAGAGACACAACAGCAGCGACGGCAGCGAUUCUCCGUACAUGGUCGAGUGGAUGAGACCGCUGGAUAUAUAGAUGUCCCUCCCGCAGCGGCCAGGGGCGUCCUCGUCCUCGCCCAGCCAGCCGUCCUUCCGCGACUCCUACCAGCGCCGGCGGCCUGACAUCGAGUCCCCCAGUCCCUCGCCCUCGCCCACGCCCGCCGGCGAGCUCGGUCGCAAGCGCAGUCUCAUCCGUCCAGAGCGCCAUAGGAUCAGCCGUGACCAUCCAAACUACCACUACCGCCAGCAUGCCCAGAACAUGUCUGUCUACCCGUCCACCACGGGCAACGACCCCGUCUACGAGGAGGCCGGAGCCCCUGAGCUCGUCGAUACCUCUGAGACCAUAAGCUCCGGCAGCACGGGGCUCAAGAGCAUCACCAAGCCCGAGAGAAACACCACCAGUCUCGAGCGGAACCCCAGCAUCGAUGUCAACUCGGUCCCUUCCACCACGGGGGGCGCACCAACCCCGUCCCCCCGCCCCCCCGCGGCCGCCGACAGCAGGCAGUCCGACUCCCACCGCCGUAUGCAGCGGAAGCUCUCUCGCAAGGCCUCCAAGUCGACCAAGGAGGAACGCCGGCUGGAGGAGAAGAGGCGCCAGCAGGAGAUGGACAACAUCAAGCCCCCCAGCUUGUGGAAUGUCUACUGCGGCAUGAUCACCUUCUGGGCCCCAGACUUUAUCCUCAAGUGCUUUGGCAUGCCGGCCAAGGCUCAGCGGAGAGCCUGGAGAGAGAAGAUGGGCCUCAUCAGUCUGAUCCUGCUCAUCUGCGGCUUCGUCGGUUUCCUCACCUUCGGAUUCACCCAGGUCGUCUGUGCGGCUCCUCCCGUGCGUCUCAAGGUCAACGAGGUCGACCAGGGUUACAUGAUCUUCCACGGACGCGCCAUCAACCUCGCCAACUCCCGACACCCAGCCGUGCUCGGUCUGCCCGACGCCUCUGUCGUUGUCUUCUCCGGUGACGGAUACGGCGGCCAGGACGGUAGCUUUCUCUUCCAGAACGUCAAUGGCGCCUGCAAGGGCAUGAUUACCCCCAAGGAGGGUUCUGAUAUCCCUUCCAACAGCGACGGUGACAUGGGAUGGUAUUUCCCCUGCGUCACCUUUAACCAGGACGGCUCAACUAAGCCCAACUUCACCACGCCAGAGUACCUCGGAUACAAGUGCCAUACCUCCGCCGCUGCUCGAGACGCCUUUUACGAUCUCCGCACAACUGGCGAAGUCUACUUCUCUUGGGACGACCUCAAGAACAAGAGCAGAAACUUGCUCGUCUACUCCGGGAACGUUCUCGACCUCGACCUGCUCAAGUGGUUCAACACCAGCCAGGUUUCCUACCCGUCUCGCUUCGACCAGCUCCGUGAGAGUGAGGAACUGCGCGGCAUCGAUGUCACCCACCGUUUUCAGACCGGCCCGGAGAAGAGGAUGUUCAAGUGCCUGACCCAGAUCAUCAAGGUUGGUUCAAUCGACACCGAAACCGUCGGAUGUAUCGCCUCCAAGGUCGUGCUCUACAUCUCUCUCAUCUUCAUUCUGGCUGUUGUUGUCGUAAAGUUCCUCCUUGCCUUGGCCUUCCAAUGGUUCUUGGCCCGCCGGUUCGCAGCUCCCAGACAGCCAUGGAUCCAGACUCCAAGGAACGGAAGCCGCCAAAUAGAGACUGGACAGCGCAAUACCAUCACCACCAUGUCCAGCCAGAAUAACUCCAACCGCCUCAGCGCCGCGCCAAUGUACAAGCUCGGCAACCCAAGCCAGGGAACCCUUAGCGCUGACCCCCGACACAGCCUCAUUGACAGUCGUACCAGUCUCAUGGUUCCAGGGCAUGACCACCGCCACUCUACCAUCAGUGACAUCGAGGGCCAGGGCCCUGCCGAGUUCGUCCACGAGGCCGUUGUGCCACAGCCUCCACCGGAAUGGCAGCCGUUUGGCUACCCACUAGCCCAUACCUUGUGUCUGGUUACCGCUUACUCUGAAGGCGUCGAAGGAAUCCGCACUACCUUGGACUCAAUUGCAUUGACCGACUACCCCAACAGCCACAAGACCAUCCUCGUCAUCUGUGACGGUAUCAUCAAGGGUAAAGGCGAGAGCAUUUCCACCCCUGAUGCCGUGCUCAGCAUGAUGGGCGACCAUGCCGUGCAUCCAGACGAUGUCCAGCCCUUCUCCUACGUUGCUGUUGCCUCUGGCUCAAAACGUCAUAACAUGGCCAAGAUUUACGCUGGAUUCUACGCCUAUGGUCCCGGUUCCAUCGUGCCCCCCGAGAAGCAGCAGCGUGUGCCCAUGAUGGUCGUUGUCAAGUGCGGAACUCCCGAAGAAGCCAACAAGAGCAAGCCCGGAAACAGAGGUAAACGAGACAGUCAGAUCAUCCUCAUGUCCUUCCUCCAAAAGGUCAUGUUCGACGAGCGAAUGACAGAGCUCGAAUUCGAGAUGUUCAACGGCCUGUGGAAGAUUACCGGCAUUUCUCCAGACUUUUAUGAAGUUGUUCUCAUGGUUGACGCAGACACCAAGGUCUUCCCAGACAGUCUCACCCACAUGCUUUCUGCCAUGGUUCGCGACCCUGACAUCAUGGGCCUCUGCGGUGAGACCAAGAUCGCCAACAAGUCCGAUAGCUGGGUUACCAUGAUCCAGGUGUUUGAAUACUUUAUUUCUCAUCAUUUGUCAAAAUCCUUCGAGUCUGUCUUUGGAGGUGUCACCUGUCUUCCCGGCUGUUUCUGCAUGUACCGCAUCAAGGCUCCCAAGGGCGGACAGAACUACUGGGUUCCCAUCCUCGCCAACCCGGACGUGGUUGAACACUACUCCGAAAACGUCGUGGAUACGCUGCACAAGAAGAACCUUUUGCUCCUGGGUGAGGACCGAUACCUAUCCACUCUCAUGCUCCGAACUUUCCCCAAGCGCAAACAAGUCUUCGUUCCCCAGGCAGUAUGCAAGACCACCGUUCCAGACAAAUUCUCCGUGCUGCUCUCCCAGCGUCGUCGAUGGAUCAACUCCACCGUGCAUAACCUGAUGGAACUUGUCCUCGUCCGCGACCUAUGCGGCACAUUCUGCUUUAGUAUGCAAUUCGUCGUCUUCAUGGAACUCGUCGGAACCCUCGUCCUCCCCGCAGCCAUCGCAUUCACCUUCUACGUCGUAAUCAUCUCCAUCGUCAAAAGCCCCGUUCAAAUCAUCCCUCUCGUCCUCCUUGCUCUUAUCCUCGGUUUACCAGCCGUGCUAAUCGUAGUCACUGCCCAUCGCCUAUCAUACGUUCUCUGGAUGUUCAUCUACCUCCUUUCCCUACCAAUCUGGAACUUUGUCCUGCCCACAUACGCAUACUGGAAAUUCGACGACUUCAGCUGGGGAGACACGCGAAAGACGGCAGGCGAGAAGACCAAAACUGCCGGAAUAGAGUACGAGGGAGAAUUUGAUAGCAGCAAGAUCACCAUGAAGAGAUGGAGAGAUUUCGAAAAAGAACGCCGGCUCCGAAAUGCAAACACAGCCAGUCACCAUCACACGAAUUCCUCGUUUUCCAACUAUGCUCAUAAUUCCGUGUAUGGUGGGUACUCCGACUACCAAUGAAUGCACUUAAUCGGACAUGUGUUUUUUGUCAUUUCUUUAUAUAAUGUUCUAUUCUUAUUUAUAUUCCUGUCUGUCUGUCCGCUUACGUGCUUAAAUUCAACUGCUUGCUUUUGCCGCAUUCCCCUUGAUUGAUUGAACACUUAAAUUUACCCGGAUCCAUCGGAUUGUUACCUUCUGGCCAUUUAUUACCCCAUACCCUUAUUACCUCUAUUCUCCGUUGCGAUGACCCAUGAAAGCCCUCGCAUAGUUUUUUUAUUCAUCUAUGCCAUGUUUCGUUUAUAUUUGUCAACCUUGGUUUGGCCAUGAUAUUUGAUAUACCACCACACACUCAGCUGUACUAACUAGUAAUAUCCCUGAUUUUCCUCUGCUUGUCAUUGGUGCUUCUCGAGUUGUCUCGUUUUCUUCUCUUUUCACGGCGGCUUACACUUCUUUGGGGUCAAGCACACUUAUACCGUUGUUCUGCGUUUGCUUGUCUCUCUGUAUGUAGAUAUAACCAUAUAAAUACGGAUAUACAAGAUAUUAUUUACUUCCUCACUCAUUUUUUUCUCGCUUAACGACUGAGAGCGAACUGCUGUAAGGUACUCUGUACGUAAGAACUCUCUAGUUUACAUAUCCCUAUUCCGUAAACGCCUGCCUACCCGUCUAGGCCAGCCCG